AUGGAAAGAUUUGGAAGCAAUACAUUUGAACAGCGUUUAAGAUCAUGCUUGCUACAAUACGUCUCCAAAACAAACACACAGACAAUGAUGCCAGUGAGAAAGAAUAUUCUUCAAAUAUUAAUCUUUCUUUAUGGCAAAGAAACAACAAGCAACCAUGUUGGAUUUUCAUAUUCCAACAAGGAAGAUGUAGCAGAUAAACAGAAGAAGUACAUUCUGUUCUCUUAUUUAUUUAUGGAGGAUCUAAAAAAGAAUUCGGUGACAAGGACAGACCUGUGUACCCUACAAAGAAUGUGGGAUCAACACAUACUAUAUCUAGCCAAUAGUGGAAAUGGAAAAGCAGCUGAAAAAUAUCAGAGAAUUCUAGAAGACAGCGAGGAAACAAUUUUUAAUAUCAAAAGGUUCCAAAAUCACCUCUGUAAAACCAGAGACUUCUUGGUCAAGAACAAGGACCCCCUGUCUGAGAAGUUAGGCUCCACGUUCCGAUUUAGAAGGUUAAAUUUUAUUGAGAGGAUGACCACAAAUCUGAAGAAACUACUGGGUCAUCGUGACCAAGAGGGCUCCUUUAUGAUUAAGUUCCAGGAUAUGAACUAAUGAGUGGAAACAGAGGACUGUUAGUGACAAUAAGGUAGAGACUGGGACUCUGGGCUGUCAUUCGUGACUGAUGAUCAACAAUCAUCAUCAACAUACAAUCAUCAUCACAAUCCUAUUGUUAUCACCACAUCUACUAGUUACUGUGCAUAAUAAAAGUUCUAUAACUAUAUAUUUUCAGUAUCAUUUUUUGUAGCAUUAGUAUCUCAUUUAUCAAUACCAGUAACUAUUAUCAUCAUUUUUUGUAGCAUUGGUAUCUCAUUUAGUAGUACUGGUAGCUACAUGUAUCAUCAUCACUAUUUGUAUUAUCUCAUCUCCUGGUGGCGUUUUAGUCACUUUUUCUUCAUUAAAAACAGUCUUUUUUUCC